AUGUUUGUUCGGAACGCAAUUUCAUCAGCACCCAGAGUUGCACCUGCGAGGAGCUCGUCAAGAUAUGUAGCUUCCAUAUCGGAAGAAGUGCAUCAAUGUCGGCAACAACAGCAAUUCAUGGAGGAGUACAAGAUCCGCACGAUGCUCGAGCAACCGAUAGUUCAAUACUCCAAAAGGAAAAUGCCCGGAGUACUGGUUCGCGACUUGUACCGGCAAUCGCAGAACUUGACACCAAACUUUAUAUUGCAGAAUGCGCGAGAGACGCUCGAGCAUUUGCUCGUGUUCAAUGCCCGCCGGUUGCGCGAGUUCCGCAAGCUUCCCUACCUCGUGGUGUUGAACCCGUCGAUCCUGGAGAGCUACGACACCUAUCUCCAGCUGAUGAGCUCGUUGUUGAAAGCUAGCAUGUACUGCCCGCACACCUUGGAGGAGAAUGAGGCCUUUGCCGAGGGGGUCUUGACCGAGCUCAUUGACUUGCACGCCGACACUUUGCCUAGUCUUUCCAAAGGUUUGGGCGAAGUGAGUGAGCUCUUGUCUGCUGGCCAAGUCAAAAACUUCUUGGACGACCACUUGAAAGAGCGCAUCAAGAUGAGGCUCGUGGCUCAUCAGCACCUCGAGUUGACGAAAUCUCUCAAGGACCCCGCUAGCUUUGUUCCGGGGGGCAAGUACAAUGGGGUGAUAAAGGAGCUCGAUAUGGUUGACGUUGUCAAGAAAGUCGCGGAAAUGGUCAACGACAUCACCAUGAUGAAGUACGACCAGUCCGUUGCAAUUGAGAUCGACACCUCCGUUGCCGGACUGCAGGGGACAUCGAACCCCAAGACAGUGCGGUUCCCUUACAUCGAGUAUCACCUUGAGUACAUGCUACUAGAGCUAUUCAAAAACUCGUUCAGGGCCCACAUCGAGAACGGCGUUCCCGACCCUGUGGUUGUGACAAUCUCCAUUUCGUCCAAGUGCAUGGAGCUCCGGAUAAGAGACAAGGGGACAGGAAUACCGCCAAAGGCGUUGAAGCACAUAUUCGACUACUCGUUCACCACGUACGAGCUGAACGAAGGAGAAAGCUUCAAGACGUUGAACGUGCCGCCAGAGCAUCUAGGCGGAGGAAACACCAUCGCAGGGAUGGGGUUUGGACUACCCUUGGCAAAGCAGUACGUUGAAAUCUUUAACGGGACAGAGUCAAGGCACGUGGAUGAAGAGAAUGAAAUCGAGCCUAUCGAUGGCCUGUUGACCGUGCAAACCUACCCGGGAUGGGGCACAGACGUUUACUUGAAAACUGCCGAGCUUUGA